CUCUCUUCACCUUCACACCUUCCUCUGUUCUUCCUAGGAAAAACUUUGUCACAUCUUAGACCCAUUUCCCACAAUUAGAGGGGGGGAAAAAAAGGAAAGAGAGAUCAUGGCGACGGAUAAAGUAGUGGAGACUGUGAUAGUAGGAAAUUAUGUAGAAAUGGAGACAGAAGGGAAGCCUAAGGACAUGAAAUCCAAGCUUUCUAAGUUUUUCUGGCAUGGUGGCUCUGCUUAUGAUGCUUGGUUUAGCUGCGCUUCAAACCAGGUGGCUCAAGUGUUGCUUACAUUGCCAUACUCAUUUUCUCAGCUGGGGAUGCUAUCAGGAAUACUGUUUCAGCUUUUCUAUGGGUUGAUGGGUAGCUGGACGGCAUAUCUCAUAAGCAUACUCUAUGUAGAAUACAGAACAAGAAAAGAAAGAGAAAAAGUUGAUUUCAGGAACCAUGUCAUCCAGUGGUUUGAAGUCCUUGAUGGCUUGCUCGGAAAACACUGGAGGAACGUGGGUUUGGCAUUUAACUGCACUUUUCUUCUGUUUGGAUCUGUCAUUCAACUCAUAGCUUGUGCAAGCAAUAUAUAUUACAUAAAUGAUAAUCUGGACAAGAGAACUUGGACAUACAUCUUCGGAGCGUGUUGUGCCACCACAGUCUUUAUUCCAUCAUUUCACAAUUACAGAAUCUGGUCUUUUCUUGGUCUCGUAAUGACCACCUACACUGCUUGGUAUCUCACCAUUGCAUCCCUACUCCAUGGCCAGGUUGAAGGGGUAAAGCAUUCUGGACCGACCAAGCUGGUGCUAUAUUUCACAGGGGCCACAAACAUUCUCUACACAUUUGGGGGACACGCUGUUACGGUGGAGAUUAUGCACGCAAUGUGGAAGCCACAGAAGUUCAAGGCCAUAUAUUUGCUAGCGACCCUGUAUGUUCUGACACUGACACUUCCUUCCGCAGCAGCUGUUUAUUGGGCAUUUGGGGACAUGCUUCUCAAUCACUCAAAUGCCUUUGCUCUUCUUCCAAGAUCUCCCCUCAGAGAUAUGGCUGUCAUCCUAAUGCUCAUCCAUCAGUUUAUUACAUUUGGAUUUGCAUGCACACCGUUGUACUUUGUGUGGGAGAAAGCAAUUGGGAUGCAUGAAUGCAAAAGCCUAUGCAAAAGAGCGGCGGCCAGGUUGCCGGUGGUCAUCCCCAUUUGGUUUUUGGCCAUCAUUUUCCCCUUCUUCGGACCCAUCAACUCCACCGUUGGAUCCCUUCUCGUCAGCUUCACCGUCUACAUCAUCCCCGCCUUGGCCCACAUCUUCACCUUCAAAUCCGCCACCGCAAGAGAGAAUGCGGUGGAGCAACCACCGAAGUUCGUGGGAAGAUGGGUUGGGACAUACACGAUCAACAUGUUCGUGGUGGUUUGGGUCCUCGUGGUUGGGUUUGGAUUUGGUGGGUGGGCCAGCGUGACAAAUUUCAUACACCAGAUUGACACAUUUGGGCUGUUCACCAAAUGUUACCAAUGUCCACCACCACCGCUGCCACCGUCAUCUCACCCCCUCAACGCCACCGCAGCGGCUGCUCCUCCUCUGCAUCACCCCUUAAACCACACUCUCCACCCUUGAUCCAUCCCCCUGAAGACAGUUGUUACCAAUCCAGAAUUCCCCUAAGCUCAACUUCAUUAACAUGGCACCCAUGAACACAACGCGAGGCACCUUAAUUGCAUCUUUGAUAUGUAGGAUUUGGAAUGAGAAGACAGAGGUGGAAAAUCAAUACUACCAUUUUCUCUGUCUCUUGUUAUUUAGCUUAGAGAGUUUGUUAAGCAUGUUGACUUGUUGAGGGAGAAAAUUAAGGAAGCAAAAAAAUGAAGCUUGUAUUAAUGCUCUUAGUUAAUUGUCAUCCUCCACCCCCACAUCCAUUUGAAUGUGAAAUGUCAGAAUGUGACAAGUUAAUUUUUAGUAAUAUGUCUGGUAAAAUGGAAAAAGGAUGAUUGACAGGUCCGUAUCUAUCCAGCCAAUAUACUGCAAAGCAUCAGUUACACAGAAAAAUGGUAACGGAAUCUACCUUUGCCACAAGGUGACAGAAUAAGGAAUCCAAAAUGUU